AGUCAUUUCAGUGGACCAAUUUGACAAAAACGCAUCGUUAGAGGUUCGAAAUUGGAAUUAGUUGAAGGCAUCUUUUGCGGCCAGUGUCUCGUUUAAAAUGUUCUUCGAUUUUCGAAUGUGAAUACGCGCGAAAAUGAAUCCCGAAACGAUUGAGACCAUAGAUGAUAAAGACAAUGAGAUUAUUGAAAAAACUGAAACGAAAUUAGCGUUUUCAAUAGAAAAUUUGCUUUCUGAUAAAUUUAAAAAUAAUACAAAUGUUAGUGUCGAUGAAUCAGUUAAUCCUUCGACAAGUGCAGAGUGUGUGGAUUAUUUUAAUGGCAUGGGACAGAGUGAAAUGAGUUGUGAUUCAGAUGAAGACAGGGUGAGCACCAGCUCAGAGAACGUGGACGUGGAAGGGACGACUAAUGAUGCGCAGGAGUUUGCGGAUGGCAAGACUGAUUAUCUACAAUCAGGAAGUACACGCGGCAAACGCGCGCGCACCGCGUUCAGCGCGCAGCAGAUCAAGAGUCUAGAGGCGGAGUUCGAGAAGAACAGGUACCUGUCGGUGGCGGCGCGGGGACGGCUGGCCCGACAGCUGCGGCUCACUGAAACCCAGAUAAAAAUAUGGUUCCAAAACCGUCGAACGAAAUGGAAGCGAAAAUACACAAACGAUGUAGAGUUGCUCGCUCAACAAUACUACAGCAGCUUGGGUAUCGUCGCUCCGCGCCCCAUGUUCGUCGGUGAUAGGCUUUGGAUCUUCAACUACUCAAACAGGAUCCCACCAACGCAGCAACAACAGUGGAUGAAGUCCAUAAACAAUAUUGCCAACACACACAAUCAAAUCGUUGAUAGAAACAUAUUACGGACAAUACCAAAACCUGAUAUACCGCCAUUCUUUAUCCCCCCACCGCCAGCAACGUAUCCGAAUGAACGAGUUUUCCUAAAUAUGGAAAGGAAUUUAAAUUUGACAAAUGUCAAUGUCAAAAUUCCCGCGCAAACCAGAAUGGUGCCACGCGAAGUUUACAACAAUAUGGCUACAGCGCAACGGAGCAUGGACGUGUAUAAGAACAAUAUUUUGAACCACAACAGUCCACCGCAAGAGGCUAAUGUGGACCAUUUGAGAAGACUGGAAGAAAAUUUUAGUAUUUAAGUAUGGUCCACGUAAGAUGUCAUGUUGUAUAGUAUAUGUAUAUAAUCUGCAAAAGUUACCUUACACUUCCCUGUCACACAAAGGUUUUAUAUACUUACCUAAACAGCUAACUAAAUUACUAAAAACAGUUUAACCGUUAAAUUAAAAAAUAUUUAUAAUUUAUAAUUUUGCGUGCGCGAAUAAGAAUACUUCAUUCGAUAUGUACUUAGUUAAGUGUAAUUGUUCUAUGUAUAAUAAUGUAAAUAAAAUAAUG